AACAGGAAACUGGCAUUGGAUUGGUUAGAUUUGGGUGGAAGUUACAUAAUUAUUUGACUAUACGGUAUAACGAGCUUUUUCAUGUAUUACAAUUUUAUUUUUUUCUUAUUUUACAAUAUCUAUUAAUCAUUUCUCUUUAAGUCAAUCGGAGACCGCUCUUUAAUCGGUAGGAGUACAUUUACGUAGAUUCUAAUUUCGUAAAUCCAUUGGUUAUGGUAGGGAAACAGCAAAUGUCCGUUUUACUAAUGUAGCAAUGAUUUUAAAAACAUUUUGUGUUGAAUGGAUCUCUGCCAAUAUAUUGGGAAUUUACAGAGCGGCUUCUGUGCAGAAUGAGCUAGCAGUAGAGAAUAAAAUGUGGGCUCGGUUUGUGAGUGACAUGGCGCAAAACGACCGAAGAGUUGCGACAUUGUGAAAAGAACUGAAAUAGAACAGACCCUGACGUCAUGGGGAGGGAUUGGAGCUGCUGUUGAAAGCUGCAGCUGAGAGGCGGGGGGAAAACCUAGACAACAUUGCAAACACUGACAUAACAUCCCUAGGAUUUAAAUAUGCAAUUUAUACAAUAACUACUUUAUUAUCAGAAGGGCUGUGCCUUUAUGACGGUUAAAGGAAAUCCUCAUCGCAGUUUUGUUUUCGGUAAUUUUAAAAUUUCGCCCGAAAUACUGUUUUUAGAGGUCACUUGUUCGGCAAAGUAAAUAUUGCUUAGGCCCUCUCGGGCUGGACUUUAGUCGUUUAGCUGCAGUCCGGUAUUUGAAAUGUUUUUAAACUGGUGGCGAAUUCCGGCUUAAAUACACCUUUUGUUAAACACAAGGUGCGAAUUAUUGGCACUACACCAACCAUAUUUUAAUGCAUACUAGUCAAAGGUAUUAUCAAAGGUUAUAACAUUACCAUAAAAAUACAUGGGCCUUCCAGCUGAAAUUACUUGGGUGUAUUCAAGUACAAGCUGAUUCACGCAAAACGAGCACGGGUGGGGGAGGGAAGGGAAGGUGCUUGCGUUGCUACCUGAAUGUAAGUCCUCUGGUAAGCACAGAUUUUAAAUUUUAUGGACCAAAGCACACUUGCGGGAGAGGCAAAGGGGGGUGGGGAGGGCGAAGAAUGUGGCGGUGCGCCUGCGCGUUAGCCUGGUUACAGGCUGCAGAGCGCGGCUGACGUCACGUGUACUCGGAGGAGCUCGGUGGCGCGGCCGAGAGGAGAGGGAGAAAGCAGAGAGGGAAGGCGAGCAAAGUGAGCCCGGGCCCGGCCACACUACGGAAGGAAAGGGCCUACACUCCACACCUAGCAUCGAAAGAAUUUAAACAUCCGCAUCAUGUCCGCUGCUCAGGUGUCCUCAGCCCGGAGACAGUCGUGUUACCUCUGUGAUCUGCCCCGCAUGCCAUGGGCCAUGAUCUGGGAUUUUACCGAGCCCGUGUGCCGGGGUUGUGUUAACUACGAGGGGGCCGAUCGUAUCGAGUUUGUGAUCGAAACGGCGCGCCAGCUCAAGCGGGCUCAUGGUUUCCAAGAGGGCCGCUCCCCGGGGCCACCGCCUGUCAAAGUUCAGUCGUUGGGUGCCAGCAAAGACCCGGCUCAGCAGCUCAACCACGUCGACGGUCCGAACAAGGGGCCGCAGCCGCCUCUGGAUCGCUACUCUCUGAGCGCGGAGCGACCUCGGUUCGAAUACCCGGGGCUCGCCCACGCUGGCAGGCUUCCUAAUGGCUUGAAUGGACCCAAUGGAUUCCCCAAAUCUGAGGACGUCCCGCCGGAACUGAACCGGCAGAGCCCUAAUUCAUCGCGUAGAAAUCACGGCAUCGUGCCCCCGGGCCCGGUGACGGUGCCACCCAAUCUGCUGCCUCAGACUACCCUAAACGGCCCGACCACAGGAGCCGUGAGCUCGCACAGUCUGCUUGGCCGGCCAUCUCCCUCCACCAGCCUCGCCGGGACCUCGCUGACCGUCAGCAGCCAGGUCCUGAGCGAUGUCAACAAACGACCGGGCUCCGUGUCCAGCAGUGACCAGGAGAGGGAACUGAAGGAGAAACAGCGCAAUGCCGAGACCUUGGCAGAGUUGGGCGAGAGCUUGCGAAACCGCUCCGAGGACUGGGUGAGCAAGCCCAAGAUCGUGCGGGAGACGCUGCUCACACUGUCCAACUGUAACCCUUUCGACGUGCGCUUCAAGAAAGACCACUCUCUGCUCGGGCGGGUGUUCGCUUUCGACGCCGUUUCCAAACCCGGGAUGGACUAUGAGCUGAAGAUCUUCAUCGAGUACCCGAGCGGCUCGGCCAACGUCUUCUCCAGCGCCUCUGGAGUGGCCAAGCAAAUGUACCAGGACUGCAUGAAGGAUUUUGGUAGGGGCCUGUCGUCCGGCUUCAAGUACCUAGAGUACGAAAAGAAGCACGGUUCGGGGGACUGGCGGCUGCUGGGUGACCUGCUGCCCGAGUCGGUGCGUUUCUUCAAGGAGGUGGUAGGGGCCGACAUGCUGCCGCAGCCCCACAUUGACGCCAGUUGCCCCAUCCUGCCCACCGCUCUGUGCAACCUGCCCCGUCCCCCACCCAACAGCUCCAGGCCUGGGAUGCGCAAACGGAAAGCGUCUCCCGAGCCCGACUCGGAAACUGGCAGCGUUAAGGAAGAGCGGCAGCAGCAGUGGUUGCCGAACCAAAACGAAGCCUUAAAGCUCACCAUGGCGGCAUCCGGUGCCUUUGGAGCAGGCGGGGUGACGCAUGGAGCUCCCCCUCUUCCACCCAACCGGACCACCCCUCCUGAAUGCAGCCCCCAGAACGGACAGUCCCCCAUGGCCGCGCUCAUGUCCGUCGCUGACACCCUUGGAAAUGCCCACUCGCCAAAAGACGGCAGCAAUUCCGUACAUUCGACCACUACAACCAACACCAGGCGGAACAGCAACAGUCCGGUGUCCCCAGCGUCGGGAGGCAGCCAGCGCCGCAUGGUGUCCAGGAACGGAGAUGUUGCUCUAUCCGUGGCCCCUCCCAACAGCCACCCCAAUCCCAGCAUUGAUCCCGUUCACCCCCCAAACAUUCCAGACUCUCCGAUGGCCAACAACGGGCCCCUGUGCUGCACCAUUUGUCACGAACGUUUGGAGGACACUCACUUUGUGCAAUGUCCGUCGGUGCCCAAUCAUAAAUUUUGUUUCCCAUGCUCUCGGGAGAGCAUCAAGGCUCAGGGGGCGAAUGGAGAAGUUUAUUGCCCCAGUGGAGAAAAAUGCCCAUUGGUAGGUUCAAAUGUUCCUUGGGCAUUCAUGCAAGGAGAGAUUGCUACAAUCUUAGCCGGGGACGUUAAGGUCAAAAAAGAAAGAGACCCUUAAUUUUUGUUUAAACUUCAGUGAUUGAAGUCAAAUGUGAAUAAGAACUAAACAUUUAGUCUUAUGUAUAGACAUUUUUCAUUUUUCGUCGUAUGUUUCUAUAUUUUGAAACAAGGUAUGUACUCUUCUUCAAUUGAAGGAUGAACCUGGUUUUAUUAAAGAAUAUCCGAUAUUACUGCUUAAUACUGUUUUCACUUAUUGAUGGCAGUGUGUUGGCUAGGUACAGAAUCAUAGCACUUAGCAAUUAACGCUGCUGGUGUGUUUUUGUAAAUGUAUGCACUUCGCUGAAUUGCCAAGGCCAGUGUUGACGCCUGCAGAAAUGCAAACAAAUUGUUACAAAGAAUGGUUACAGUUAUGUUACAAGCCCUGGGGAUAGUCUCCUACUAAGUGACUUUUUCUAAAAAAAAGGUGAGGGGUUCUUUUUAUUAGUUUCCAAGGGCAAAAUAUUUCAUUUUAUGAUUCAGUGAUCUGAAUUUUUUAUAAUGUGUUUUUUUUGCUUUAUGGAUGCACGAAUGCUUUAAAUAGUAGAGCAAAAUGCUGUACUGUAUAUGACAAAUUGCUCUGUUUGUUCUUUAUACAUUUCUGUAGUAACAGAAGACUGUAAUGUGCCUUGGAGCUGAAUAAAUUGUAAUAAAUUCAAUGAAUAAG